UUGGUGUCAGCUACAGCUAUACAUACACACUUGUAUAUAUACAUACAUAAGCUAAAGGGUAUUCAAAGAGAUAGGCAGGGAGUUACCUGGGGUUAAGAAAAAAAGAUGGCAGAAAAACCUGAAGUUCUUGAAGCUGUCCUCAAAGAAACCGUUGAUUUGGAAAGCAUACCUAUUGAGGAAGUAUUUGAGAAUUUGAGAUGUAGCAGAGAUGGGCUUACUACUACUGCUGCUGAGGAAAGACUGGCCAUCUUUGGUUAUAACAAGCUUGAGGAGAAAGAGGAGAGUAAAUUCCUCAAGUUUCUGGGUUUUAUGUGGAACCCCCUGUCAUGGGUCAUGGAAGCUGCUGCAAUCAUGGCGAUUGCCCUUGCUAAUGGAGGCGGGAAGGCCCCUGAUUGGCAAGAUUUUGUAGGUAUCAUUACGCUGCUUGUGAUAAACUCAACAAUAAGUUUUAUAGAGGAGAACAAUGCAGGCAAUGCAGCUGCAGCCCUCAUGGCUCGUCUCGCUCCAAAAGCCAAGGUUUUCAGAGAUGGAAAGUGGAAUGAAGAAGAUGCUGCUGUCUUGGUGCCUGGGGAUAUAAUCAGCAUUAAACUUGGAGAUAUUGUUCCUGCAGAUGCUCGUUUACUUGAUGGUGAUCCUUUGAAAAUUGAUCAGUCAUCUUUGACCGGUGAAUCUCUUCCUGUAACAAAAGGGCCUGGGGAUGGAGUGUACUCGGGUUCCACAUGCAAACAGGGGGAAAUUGAUGCUGUAGUCAUUGCCACUGGGGUUCACACCUUCUUUGGAAAAGCCGCUUACCUUGUUGAUUCUACUAAUCAAGUGGGCCACUUUCAGAAGGUGUUGACUGCUAUUGGUAAUUUUUGUAUAUGCUCUAUUGCUGUGGGGAUGGUUAUAGAGAUUAUUGUGCAAUAUCCGAUCCAAGACCGAAAGUAUCGCCCUGGGAUUGACAAUCUUCUUGUGCUUCUUAUUGGAGGAAUUCCAAUCGCUAUGCCCACAGUUUUAUCAGUAACAAUGGCCAUCGGUGCUCACAGAUUGGCUCAACAGGGAGCCAUAACAAAAAGAAUGACAGCAAUAGAAGAGAUGGCUGGUAUGGAUGUGCUUUGCAGUGACAAAACUGGAACUUUGACGUUAAACAAGCUCACCGUUGACAAAAACCUUAUUGAGGUAUUUGCAAAAGGAGUAGAUGCAGAUACUGUUGUUCUUAUGGCAGCUCGAGCGUCAAGAACAGAAAACCAGGACGCAAUAGAUACAGCCAUAGUUGGGAUGCUGGCUGACCCGAAGGAGGCACGUGCUGGCAUUCAGGAAAUACACUUCCUUCCUUUCAAUCCAACUGAUAAGCGUACUGCUUUAACUUAUCUUGACAGAGAUGGUAAAAUGCAUCGAGUUAGCAAAGGGGCUCCAGAGCAGAUUCUAAAUCUUGCGCACAAUAAAUCAGAUAUAGACCGCCGGGUCCAUUCUAUAAUUGACAAAUUUGCAGACCGGGGUUUGCGGUCACUUGCGGUAGCAUACCAGGAAGUUCCGGAGGGAAGAAAAGAAAGUGCUGGAGGCCCUUGGCAGUUUAUAGGUCUCCUGCCUCUCUUUGAUCCACCCAGGCAUGACAGUGCAGAGACAAUAAGGAGGGCCUUGAACCUUGGCGUAAAUGUUAAAAUGAUCACAGGUGAUCAGCUGGCAAUAGGAAAAGAAACUGGGCGCCGCUUAGGAAUGGGAACCAACAUGUAUCCCUCUUCUGCUUUGUUAGGGCAGAACAAGGACGAGUCAAUUGUUGCUUUACCAGUUGACGAACUCAUAGAGAAAGCAGAUGGUUUUGCUGGUGUUUUUCCUGAGCACAAGUACGAGAUAGUAAAGCGUUUGCAAGCUAGAAAACACAUCUGCGGAAUGACUGGCGAUGGAGUUAAUGAUGCACCUGCUCUUAAAAAAGCUGACAUCGGAAUUGCUGUGGCGGAUGCAACUGAUGCAGCCCGUAGUGCUUCAGAUAUCGUCCUUACUGAACCUGGGCUCAGUGUCAUCAUUAGUGCCGUUUUGACCAGUAGGGCAAUCUUUCAGAGAAUGAAAAAUUAUACGAUAUAUGCAGUAUCCAUAACAAUACGUAUAGUGCUUGGUUUUAUGCUUCUGGCGUUAAUAUGGAAAUUUGACUUUCCACCUUUCAUGGUUCUAAUCAUUGCAAUUCUCAAUGAUGGAACCAUCAUGACAAUCUCUAAGGAUAGGGUGAAGCCAUCUCCUAUGCCAGAUAGCUGGAAGCUGGCUGAGAUUUUCACAACAGGCAUUAUACUUGGAAGUUACCUAGCUAUGAUGACGGUUAUAUUCUUUUGGGCUGCAUACAAAACUGACUUCUUUCCAAGUACUUUUGGAGUGUCGUCACUUGAAGAAAUGCCUUCUGAUACACCUGAAAGGACAAAAUUAAUUUCUCGAAAGCUUGCUUCAGCUAUAUAUCUUCAAGUGAGCACUGUUAGUCAGGCUCUUAUAUUUGUUACACGAUCCCGGAGCUGGUCAUUUGUUGAGCGUCCUGGCUUGUUGCUGGUUGGUGCUUUUGCGGUUGCUCAGCUGAUUGCCACUUUGAUUGCGGUUUAUGCAAAUUGGGGUUUUGCUGCAAUUGAAGGAAUUGGAUGGGGUUGGGCUGGUGUAAUUUGGCUUUACAAUAUCAUAUUCUACAUCCCCCUUGAUGUUAUAAAAUUCUUUAUUCGAUAUGCUAUUAGUGGAAGGGCCUGGGAUCUUGUUCUAGAACGAAGGAUUGCCUUCACCAGGCAGAAGGAUUUUGGAAGGGAACAAAGAGAGCUUAGAUGGGCACAUGCGCAGAGAACCCUUCAUGGACUUGAAGUACCCGACACUAAGAUGUUUGGUGAGCGAAACAAUGUUACCGAGCUCAAUCAGAUGGCCGAGGAAGCCAAGAGAAGAGCAGAGAUUGCCAAGUUAAGAGAAAUGAACACACUGAAAGGUCAUGUUGAAUCAGUGAUAAGAAUGAAAGGCAUCGACGUCGAGACAAUUCAGCAAUCAUACACCGUCUGAGAAGUUAUCGUGUAUAAUUCAAGGAUGUGAUGUACCUAGAAACCGCGCUUCAUAUCAGUCUCUAUCCUCAGCAUUUGAGUAGUUCUUCGGUUUCUUUACCGGAUAUUUAGACUUUUUUUUUCAAUCAUGUCUAGAAUUGCAUUAUAUGCCUAGUUUGGGAACAAUGAGCAGCUAGUAAUUACUCAUCGUCUGAUGUUUAUAUAGAUGAGUUUGGUCAUUGAUGAUACAUUACAUAUACACCUUCUUGAUAGUAUAAUUUUGAGUUUGCAUUUA